AAAGAGUAGAAAUGAGGGUCCCUGUAUUUGAGGAUGUAAAAGAUGAAACUGAAGAAGAAAAAAGAGGGGAAGAAGAAAAUGAAGAAGACAAGGUGUUCUUUAAGCCUGUUAUUGAAGACCUGAGCAUGGAAUUGGCCAGAAGAUGCACCGAACUCAUUAGUGAUAUCCAUUACAAAGAAGAGUAUAAAAAGUCUAAAGACAAGUGUACGUUUGUGACUGACACGCCUAUGCUAAAACAUGUAAAACGUACUGGCGCUUUUAUUUCUGAGGCAAAAUACAAAGGCACCAUUAAGGCGGACCUUUCCAAUUCUCUUUAUAAGCAGAUGCCGGCCACAAUUGACAGUGUCUUUGCAAGAGAAGUUACACAGCUACAGAGUGAGAUUGCUUACAAGCAGAAGCACGAUGCUGCCAAAGGAUUCUCAGAUUAUGCCCGCAUGAAGGAACCGCCUGAGAUCAAACAUGCCAUGGAGGUCAAUAAGCACCAGAGUCACAUUUUUUAUAGAAAAGAUGUGCAGGACACCCACAUGUAUAAUGCGGAGCUUGACAGACCAGACAUCAAGAUGGCGACACAGAUCUCCAAGAUCAUAAGCAAUGCUGAAUACAAGAAAGGGCAAGGAGUAAUGAAUAAAGAGCCCGCUGUAAUUGGAAGACCAGAUUUUGAACAUGCUGUGGAAGCUUCUAAACUUUCUAGUCAAGUUAAAUACAAAGAAAAAUUUGAUAAUGAAAUGAAGGAUAAGAAACAUCAUUACAAUCCUCUUGAAAGUGCUUCUUUUAGGCAAAGUCAGCUGGCCACUGCCCUGGCGAGUAAUGUGACGUACAAGAAAGACAUUCAAAAUAUGCAUGAUCCAGUUUCAGAUCUCCCAAACUUGUUUUUAAACCAUGCUUUGAAAGCCAGCAAAAUGCUCAGCGAACGAGAGUAUAGAAAGCUUUUUGAGGAAAACAAAGGCAUGUAUCAUUUUGACGCGGACGCUGUGGAACACCUGCACCAUAAAGGCAAUGCCGUGCUCCAGAGUCAGGUUAAGUACAAAGAAGAGUAUGAGAAAAACAAGGGGAAAUCAAUGCUUGAAUUUGUUGAGACACCAUCAUAUCAAGCUUCAAAGGAGGCUCAGAAGAUGCAGAGUGAGAAAGUUUACAGAGAGGAUUUUGAGAAGGAGAUUAAAGGAAGGUCAUCGAUGGAUUUAGACAAGACUCCAGAGUUUUUACAUGUAAAGUACAUCACCAGCCUUCUGAAGGAGAAGGAAUAUAAAAAAGAUUUGGAAAAUGAAAUAAAAGGGAAAGGAAUGGAACUUAAUUCAGGAGUACUUGACAUUCAGAGAGCAAAACGUGCGUCUGAAAUGGCUAGUGAGAAAGAAUACAAGAAAGAUCUGGAAUCAAAAAUUAAAGGGAAGGGAAUGCAAGCUGGCACUGACGCCCUUGGAAUUCUGCAUGCCACCAGAGCUUCUGAGAUAGCUAGUGAGCUUAAUUAUAAAAGAGAUCUGGAGACUGAAAUUAGAGGGAAAGGCAUGCAGGUGAGCACAGGUACCCUUGAUAUCCAGAGAGCUAAGAAAGCAUCUGAAAUGGCCAGCCAGAAAGAAUAUAAGAAAGACUUAGAAAAUGAAAUUAAAGGGAAAGGAAUGCAAGUGAGCAUGGAUAUCCCGGAUAUGCUUCGAGCCAAGAGGGCAUCUGAAAUCUAUAGCCAGAAAAAGUAUAAAGAUGAGGCAGAGAAGAUGCUUUCUAGCUAUUCUACUGUGGCAGAUACUCCUGAAAUCCAGAGAAUUAAGACAACUCAACAAAACAUUAGUGCGGUAUUUUAUAAGAAAGAAGUAGGAGCUGGCACAGCAGUAAAAGAUACUCCAGAGAUUGAACGAGUGAAGAAAAAUCAGCAGAAUAUUAGUUCAGUAAAAUACAAGGAGGAGAUGAACCAUGGAACAGCCAUUUCUGAUCCACCAGAGCUCAAGAGAGUUAAAGAAAACCAGAAGAACAUCAGCAAUCUCCGGUACAAAGAGCAGUGUUACACAGCAACUCCAGUGAGCACGACGCCAGAGAUAGAGAGAGUGAGGAAAAACCAGGAGCAGCUGAGCACGGUAAAAUACAGAGGAGAGAUUAAACAGGCAACGGCAAUUUCUGAUCCACCAGAGCUGAAGAGGGUUAAAGAAAACCAGAAGAACCUCAGCAAUGUUUAUUAUAAAGGUCAGCUGGGAAGAGCUACGGCUUUAAGUAUAACUCCUGAAAUGGAAAGAGUAAAGAAGAAUCAAGAAAAUAUUAGUUCGGUAAAAUAUACUCAGGACCAGAGACAGAUGAAAGGUAGACCAAGUCUGAUUUUAGAUACACCUGGUCUCAGACAUGUCAAAGAAGCUCAAAAUCGUAUUUCAAUGGUGAAAUAUCAUGAAGAUUUUGAAAAGACAAAGGGAAGGGGCUUUACUCCUGUUGUGGAUGACCCUGUGACAGAGCGAGUGAGGAGGAACACCCAGGUUGUCAGCGAUGCCGCCUAUAAAGGUGUCCAUCCUCACAUCGUGGAGAUGGACAGGAGACCUGGAAUCAUCGUUGACUUCAAAGUUUGGCGCACAGAUCCUGGCUCCAUCUUCGACAUUGAUCCCCUGGAAGACAAUAUUCAGUCUAGAAGUCUACAUAUGCUCUCUGCACCUGUUCUUCCUGGAGCCUACCAGCAAAGCCAUUCUCAAGGGUAUGGGUACAUGCAUCAGACCAGCUUGUCAUCCAUGAGGUCAAUGCAGCAUUCACCAAAUCUAAGGACCUACCGAGCUAUGUACGAUUACAGUGCCCAGGAUGAAGAUGAAGUCUCCUUCAGGGAUGGCGACUAUAUCGUCAACGUGCAGCCCAUCGACGACGGCUGGAUGUACGGCACGGUGCAGAGAACUGGGAAAACCGGGAUGCUUCCGGCGAAUUACAUUGAGUUUGUUAAUUAAUCAUUUUUCCUUGCCCUUUGAGCUUUGUUCUAAUGUACACUAAACGUAAUCUUUUUAAAAGAUAGAAGAUACUUUUAAGACAACUUGGCAGUUAUUUUACAGUAAUCUAUCCUUCCUUUGACAAUUAGACACGCAGGUACCAGGAAGAAGGAAUGACUUCUGGGCUGAAAACAGCAGCAUUUUCGGUAAUUCGUAUAAACAAAAUAAUUAGGUCUGGAGACCUGGUGCUGCUAAUUGUGUUAAUGUUUUCCUUUGAUUGGCUAUCGUGAACCCUUCUGGGGAAAUGUAUUUUUGUAGACUUUAAUAGAGACGUUGAUUGUCCCUUAAACGUCACAAGUAUAUGAAAUUUCUUAGCUGUCACUUUGGAAUCACCAGAAGCCAGUCCUCUUAGUUCAGUAACACCAUUUAGCUUUUGAGUCACGAGGCAAUUUCCAAUUCAAGUGAAAAUUGCCUAAAUAUAUUAAAUGUAAGCAGUGGCAGAAUGACAGUUUGGUUAAAAUUAUACUGACUGGUGGCCUUAGGGAUCUAGAAACUUAUACUGAACAAAGAAAUUUCCUUGUUCCCUGGGCCAACUUGGGUCUAUUUAUUUCUCAUUUGUACCGAGGUGUAUCCUACUCGCCAUUUACAUUCUAUGGACCUAAGUAUAUGCUUGGCUGCAUGGAAUGUCAGGACCAAAUUACUUCACAGCUACUCUACGAAGGGCAAAUUUUAAGGUCAUCUAUAUUAUUUCCCUAAUACUGAUAGCCUUUACCCCGUUGCAUGUCAUGUAGGUUCAAGCUUCUGUAACAUAGGCAGCUGCACUGCCUGUUCCUGUUAUUAAAACAAAAAGUGUGGCCGAUAUCUAAAAGCCCUUUCCUCUAGCUGCCAGCUCAUCAGAAAAACAUAACUUGAAAAGUUGCUUGAGAUUCUCUUGCCGCAUCGCACUCUAGUUUUGAAGGAUUUACACCUUAGGAAAUAGAUGUAUACUCUAGCAAAUAAGUGAUUUAGGUGUUUAUUGAACAGCUUUCAUUAACUUAAUGCCGCUAUUGAUUUAAAAGCAAAGAAAACUUCAUAAAAGCCACUUACAAAGUUGGAAUAUGAGGUGUGCUGGGGGAAGCCAGCGAACAAAAGAUUACCAGCUCCGCACACAGAGACAGGUGAUCUGGUUUCUUAUUUGGGAAAAUGGUAUUCAGAUUCUGGAAUGGGAAUCUAGCCACUGAAACCGCUUAAUGAAAAGACUUCCUUUCCACUUUCUGGUUUUUAUUUUGUAAAUCACAUCCAGGGGUGAGAUUGGGAUGUCACCAGAGAUUAGAGGUACAGGCCCAACAGGUUGUUCAUUAAAAAAGAGAUGGUUGUCACAUUUUCAUUUCCAAAUGAGUGACUUUGCAGGCUCUUGCUGGAUUCACAGCUGUGACCGUCAUGUCGUGAAGUUUUACCUGGAGUCCACAGUCAGGAUCACUGGAGAGACUAAGGUCCAUCAGCAACUCUGUGUUUUUCUGACCAUGCCAGUUAGUGGGACUUGCAACAGGGUAGCAGUCACGUAGGGUCUGACUCUAUAGCUGUAAUGAAGCUGAAAAAGUAAAGUUACAAAAAUGUAAUCAAAUGUAUGGGCCUUGGGGCUUUCUGCCUUAAUGAUAUAUUCAAAGAAAUUAACAAAAUAUGCUGUAAAACAUCUUUUACUGAAAUGUUUAUUGGUCCAAAGGCAGAUGUUAAUUCAUUUACACCUUUGAAAAGUAAGCACAUCAUUCUGAAAAUCUGUAGUCUUAUUUUUAUCGGGCUAAAAGAGUAAUUAAAUAAGCUUUAUUACAUUCAAGCUGCAUCUACAUGACACUGAUGUAAAAUUGAAAAGAGAAAAAUUCAGGCAAAUAACUAGAGAGUUUUUGAGGGGGUUUUACGUAUUACCACAUAGCCGGCUUGGCUGAUUUUCUAUCAUUGAAAUGACCAGUUGUGAGUCAACUGAUUAAACCCCAUAUCGAUCUUGGUGUCUUAUACAAAAACCUGCAAAGACAAGCGGAACUUGCAAUAUUCUUGCAAAAAUUUCUGUGCAUUAAAACUGAGGGCAAUAAGCUUGCCUAGUUUUAUUAUACCAUUAAGUAAAUAUUUAAGAUUCACCCAGACAGACUACUUUUUUGUGAUUAUAAAAGAGUAGGUGUUGAUUAAAUUUGCAGAUGAAAAAAUGUAAGACGGGUACAAUUUUUGAUAAAUAGCACAUUUAUAGGAAGCUCAAAGGAAACCGAUUUGAAAUGAUGAUUAUAAUUGGGGAAGUAACCAUAAAGUAACAGCUUGAAGUUUCAUUGUUUUUCUCAUCCACUGAUUUCAAAAUCAGAUUCACUGAAUGUAAACGUCAAUACUUAUUUGGGGAAUAAUUCUCCUAAAAUUUUAAGCUUCACAUAAUGUUUGCAUAGUAAAAUGUUUCUGCUUUCCAGCCCUUAGGAAUUAAGAUCAGAUCAGAAUUUAACUAGAGGGCAGUUAUUUUACAAUAAAGACUGAGGGAGAACAAGUUGCACACGUUCCUGAUGCUGUGAUUUGCUAGUGUUGUCACCAUUACUGAAACCUGUCAGGAUAUUAAGCAUCUCAGCAGAAAUAUAGGAAACAAUAGAUAUGUAAAACCAAAGUGCUGUUUUUACAGCAUCAUUUUCAAAACUGUAUUCUCGAACAACUUUUCCCCUUUCCACACUCCCCCUCUCGCCUUCGAUUUGGCAGCAGGCAGAUGCUACAUAUAAUGCUGACAGCUCAAGAAGGGUUUCAAAAACAAUCCUUUUAAAAAUCAAGUUAAAGAAGACUGUGAAAUGCCCGAGCACAGAGAGCAUGCACCUGAUUUUCUAAAUGUGUUCUCAAACCUGAUAAAAGCACAAGGGCGGUUUGAUAUGCUUUUCAACGUUCCGAAAGCAGAACUGUACGUGGAUCAUCUCUCUCUCUUGAGAAGAGCAUGGCAACAGAAUAUAUUGCUUUUGGUGUAAGUUUUUGUAGCAGGCGUUUUUCCUAAUUCUCGUUCUCUGGGAAAGCUUUCUGUUUCUAACCUGUGGCAAGACAAAGUCUUCAUGUCUUCUUGUUAUUGUUUACACACCCGCAGUGUAGCCCACUUUGAAAUAUUUAUCUGGUUGUCAGAUCUCCGCGCUGUCCCUGCAUCUUCUCAGGCCUCCCCCACCUCAGACACCACACAGGAAUUUGCAAGCACAAUUCCCAGGAGCACCUUGUAUGAAUAUGGAUGCGAUUAGACCAGCCCCUCUCUUGCCACCAGGUUCAUUGCAUGAGGGUGACGAAGAUACAGUUUCGCCAGUCUUGCCACAGUCUUUCUUUCCUUAUCCUCCGUGUUGAGCUAGACAGCACUCUGGGAUUUGGGAAGCAGACUUUUCUAAACACACAGUGGAAGCUCAAGGUGCAUCUCUUUUUCAGGUUUGUCCAUCUCCAGUGGAAUGUUUUUAAUGAAAAGAUAAAGAAAAUGUGUGUGAUCCUUUAAUAACACCUCCCUAUAUAAAGUGGAUAUAUUAAUAGUUUAUACCAAAAUUAUAAUAUAGAGAUAUAAAAAAAAUAGGUGCCUUUUUGAUUACCCUUGUUUAUUCACUAUGGUCUUGGAAAGCAAACCAAGCAAGCAAGCUUCUGCCUAUUCUAUAGUAAUAUUUUAUUAUAUGAUUGGUAUUUUUUAUGGUGAGGAAGUGAGAUGCUCCUGACGGAUACGAAAGGCGAUAGGUGGUUGUAUUUUACCUCUAGAGGUUUAGAAAAUACUGACUUCUUCCGUCUAUUUCUGAAAGGUUCUUUGCGGAUUUAUAUAUAGUUGAGAUGCAUAAACAUUAACUUUAGGUUUGAGAUUUAAAAUACCUAUUGUAAGACAGAAGAAUUAUGUUAUGAGGCUGAAUUCAUUACACAAGAUGAAAUUCACUUCAUAAAUUCAUUAUACCUUAGCUAUUUGCUUCUGAUAAUCUGAAAGUGGCUAGAGUACGGUUGUUUGGGGUAACUCAACAUGGAGGUGAGAAAGCUUUAGUUAAUAAGAAGCUGUGUAAACCAAGUUAAGAAUGCUAAAAUGAAGGUCUCUUUCUGAAGUAGUCCAUGCCCGUUAGGGUUCUUUCCAGGCACUGUCAACCAGUGCUGAUCCAAAAAAAUCAAGACAUUGUACGAUGCUUCUGUGGCCAUCACGCCCUGAUCCACAAGCCUGGAAGGAUCCCUAAGGCAAACCUCCUCCCCAGUUGUCCGUGUUAACUUCAGUAUCUUCAUGGGAAUUCCAUAUGCUUUUUGUGUUUGAUAUGUGGUAUUCAAUUUGCAUAGUAUAUGCUUCUUUGUAAUCCAGUUGCUGUUAAGAAUGAUUUAUUUUAAAGGAAAAGAGAAAACUACAUCAUAGUUCCUUCUUCAGUGUUCAUACGAUGAGCAUUUAGAAGCGGCACCGAGUGUGUUACAGGAGGGCUGUGGAGCCGUUGGUCGUUGACCUGUGAUUAAAAUCCAAAAUUGAAUCAUUGUGCAGAUUGGCUUCUCUUUGCUUCAAACUAUGUAGAAUUGUGGUUGAUGGUUAAUUUGCAAGAUUGUACUAACCUUGAGAGCAUACAGUUUUACAGGAAACACUUCAUGUUUUUAAAAUGAAGGGGCUUGCAGAACAAUACAAUGUUAUUAAUAUAAUCUGGCUUUUGUUAUGCAAAUUGUUAACACCAGCUAUUAAAAUAUAUUUUAGUAGAAAUGCUUUAAUUCAUGUUUUUUUCCUCUACACUGUGAAUCUUUAAGCCUUGGUGGACUAGAGCAACAUCGUGCUGCCCAAAGGACUAACCUAUGCAAACUAGUUCACAUUUUAGUGGAUGUCACAGUAAUUGUGUAACGACGUUAUUUCCCCCUGCAUAAUGUACAGCGGCAUUGAAAUAACACAUUAAGCCUAGCAUCAUGUAUGUAUAGAUAGUUACUCACAAAACCCUUCAGGGCUACCAUAAUCAUUAGUAUUACCAUUCGUGUAAGAGCAGAUCGCUGAUUUAUCCGUUAAAACGACAUCAACGAUGUCAGAACAAGAGUGACAGAUGGAUGCGUCGGCCUUGGCUUCCAAGUGGUCCCUGCAAGUGUUCUCCUGUGAUAGAACCGCGUUCUCAGAUGCGCUCUCUCCAGGGUAUUAUUACUCUGUGUCUUCUUUCUGUAUUUGUAAAACAUUAUAACGCUUUAAUUUCCUAUCUCUACACAUUCGGUUUGCUUAAAUAAAUGCAGGAUAUAACAAAAUGGUUCCACUUGUUGGUUCUCACCUUGGUUUCUUGGAGCAGGGGUCAUUGAUAACACCCUGGGUAUGGGUUUAUCGAGACAACUCACGUCAGAUGGCCUCGAAGGUCUGUGGUGGCCUCAGUGCACUUAACCUUGGUGAGUCAUUCGGAAUGUGUC